AUCGCUGUAUAAAGUUGCACGCGCCUGGUCAACAGAGAGUUUUACUGCCGCAGGUGCGCGGAAGGACGAGAAGGACACGCGUUUGUUUCCUUGCGUCCGGUCAGUAUUUAACCCCGCGCCGUCACUGUCUGUCUACUGUCGGGCAGCCACGAUGCAAGCUCUCGUCGUCAUUGUUUUGUUAGCGUUUAUCGGCGGUUCUGCGGCCGACACUCCGGCCAACUGCACCUAUGAGGACCUGCUGGGCACCUGGGUCUUCAGCGUUUAUAAUGUGGGUCAAGAUCGAACCAUCAACUGCUCCAGCAGCGCAGGAGAGCCCGUGAAAACCGUGACCGUGGACCUGCAAAAGUUGUAUGUUUCUGUGGAUGAUCUUGGUCACACUGGGUUCUUCACUCUGAUUUAUAACCAGGGCUUUGAAGUGGUGAUCAAUGACUACAAGUGGUUUGGGUUUUUCAAGUAUUCUCAGCAGGGUUCAAAGGUGACCAGUUACUGUGAUCAGACACUACCUGGUUGGGUUCAUGAUGUUUUGGGGAACAACUGGGGUUGUUUCACUGGAAAGAAAGUGCAGCCAAUCCCACCUCGAAUUGACAACAAUUACUUGUUUGGAUUCGAACGUGAACUGCUCAUGAAGCUGCCAUACACAAACAACAUGGAGUUUGUGGAUCAAAUAAACUCUGUUCAGAAGUCUUGGAAAGCAACAACAUACAGUCUCCAUAAGACCCUCACCAUACAGGAGAUGCUGAGGAGAUCAGGAGGACAUGCCUCUCGUAUACCACGACGUGUCAGGCCUGUGACGGUCUCUGCAGACAGUAAGAUGGCAGCCAAUCUUCCAGAACACUGGGACUGGAGAGACGUGAACGGAGUCAGUUAUGUCAGCCCUGUCCGCAACCAAGCUCAAUGCGGCAGCUGUUACUCUUUUGCCACUAUGGGAAUGCUCGAAGCACGAGUCCGAAUCCAGACGAACAACACGCAGCAGCCCGUGUUCAGUCCACAGCAAGUGGUGUCCUGCUCCCAGUAUUCUCAAGGUUGUGAUGGAGGUUUUCCAUACCUGAUUGGCAAAUACAUCCAGGAUUUUGGCAUUGUGGAGGAGGAUUGUUUCCCCUACAUCGCGGCAGAUUCUCCCUGCACACUAUCUGAGAAAUGCACAAAGUACUAUGCCUCCGAUUAUCACUACGUGGGUGGGUUUUACGGCGGCUGCAGCGAGGAGGCCAUGAUGCUGGAGCUGGUGAAGAACGGCCCCAUGGGCGUGGCUCUAGAGGUGUACCCCGAUUUCAUGAACUACAAGGAGGGCAUCUACCAUCACACCGGCCUCCGUGACUCCAUCAAUCCGUUUGAGCUGACCAAUCACGCCGUGUUGUUGGUGGGAUACGGGAAGUGCCAUAAGACCGGCGAGAAGUACUGGAUCGUGAAGAACAGCUGGGGAAGCGGGUGGGGCGAGAAUGGGUUUUUCAGAAUCCGUCGUGGUACAGAUGAGUGCGCCAUUGAGAGCAUUGCUGUAGCUGCUACGCCAAUCGCCAAACUUUAGAGUGUAAACGAAUUGGUCAGUUGAAACAAGCAUGGUCAGGUAAAAUAAUGGCAAUUUUGAAAAAGGGAAAGAAGUUGUAAACUUCUCAUUUGUUUAGUAAAACUCAUUUCCCAUGACCUCCAGCAGAUAGGUUAAGUGGUCAAAGAGGCCAAGAAUUUCUCUCUUUCAGGUUCCUUUUUGUAGCACACGAUUUGAAUGUCAAAUUCACUCUCAUUUUCCAAUUCCUCAGAUAUUGUGAAGCUUUAAACUUUAGCUUUUGGCUUCAAGGUUCUUCUCUUUUCGUGUGGUUCCAUGCAGGUCAACAUCAGCUCUGUCUCCAGUGCUUUGACUCUCUCUUGCUGGCCUCUAGGGAAUUUAUUAGUCUUCUGUGCCUUUUACUCUUCCUUCUGUUUUUGGCAGCCCUUUAAAGAACAAUGGUGGGGCCAUUUAGUUUCUGUCUCUUCAAAUCCCCCAGUUAUCAUCUUCCUCUGAGCCACCUGUCCACCUAGAAAAACUUCUGAUUCGGCCUGUCAUGUUUCUGUCUUGGGUCACCAACUCUUCCAAUUGUUGCUGUCAGCCAAAACCAACCCUGUCUAGAGUCUAGUUAUGGUUUUAAACUGAUCUGAAAGUCUUUGUGGAGGUCCUGCCUCUGGAUUUUGCAGAGCCGUUUUGUUGCAACUGACCUGCUGUCUCCAUCUGUUCAUACUCUUUCACUUUGGACUGUGUGUAUGAUCAAAAAUGGCUUUUUUGUUGUUGUUGGAUCUGUGCUAAUGAAAGUUGGGUGCCUUCAUGUGCUGGGAGUUGUGCCUCAACUGCUUAAAAUGGUUUUUAGAAAAGGGAUUUUUAGAUUUUCAUUGAUCCAUGUGAGCUCUGAAUGUCACAUUUGCACUCUGCCUUGUCAAUUUUUACACAUUCUUUUAAUCUGACGUAGCCAUUUUGUAUUCAGAGACUAUCCAUUUGGCAAUUGCUCUCAGGAAAAAUCAGUUCUUGUGGUUUAAUGAACAAUCACUUUAUCAGUAGCAAUAGACUAAAGGGAUGUGUAUGUAUUUUUUGAGUCCUCUGCCAGCAGUUAAGCUGCUCAGGACUAUUUGAAUCCAAUGGUUUUAUCACAAUUUUUGAUUUUCGCCUUUUUGUGCUCUUGUAUAUGUGUCAUGAUCUUUAAUAAAGCUGCUUUUUAAUGCA